GACUUUCAACUGUGCUCAUGAUGAACUUGAGAGCUCACUCAGUCCUCCACACCAGAAAUUUUUAAGGCUUGAUAAAUAAACACAGCAUUUACUCAAGAGGAUUCUGGACUGCAGGAAACUUCCACAGGUUUUUCAUUUCUCUAGUACUGGAACAAGUUUUAAUGGAGCAACAAGCAAUGAAAAUUGCAAAUACAUGGUAUUUCCAACAAAGAACAUUAUAGACAUGGAUAAAAAGCAGCAAAUAGUAAAAAAGGAAUUUGGGAAGAGAUUCUCCCUGGAUAGCAGACUCAUGGAGUACAUGGACUCAAAUAAAUACGUAGAUUACUUGCUAAGUCAGAUGGAAGAACAGCGCUGGAACUUGUGGAAGGAAAAGUUGUCUGUGGCCCGGCUACAGCAGGAAGUUGCCCGAAAUAAGAGUGACGGAACAAUGCGCGAGAAGCUGGUACAUGAGUUGGAGGAAGAGCGACAUUUGAGAUUUGAAAGUGAAAAAAGACUACAAGAAAUGGCACUGGAGUCUGAGCGCCAUAGGGUUCAAAUGUGUGGACUGCAACAGCAGUUUUCAAGAAUGGAAGAAACAGUGAGGAACCUACUACAAAGUCAAGGAUUAUCUGAGCCCAAUGGAGAAGAAUCUGUGCCCAUAUUAAAAUCAUAUCAGGAAACAUUAAUGCAAGAGGGCAAGCAGUGCAAAACAGGAGUGGAAGACAUUUGCAUGUCAGAUAAACAUUCAAGGAGUGAAAACAGCAACAGCGAAGAGGAAAGAGACAAAUCAAAAUUACUCUUGGAACGGCUGAAGGCUCUGGAGGCAGAGAAUUCCGCACUGGCUAUGGAAAAUAAAAAUCAGCGAGAGCAAUACGAAAGGUGUCUUGAUGAGGUAGCCAACCAGGUUGUACAAGCUCUGCUUACUCAGAAG